GGGCCGCCAGGCUCUCGGAGGCCAGGUCGUAGCGCAGUAGAGGGAGUCGCGGUACAGGGUGGCCCCUGUGCUCUCCAUGGGCACCGGCAGCACCAGAACCUUCAUGGGGAAGCCCUUGGCGAACUGCUCCAUGUCCUCGUAUGCAAACAGCUGGCGGACGUCCUUGCCCACCGUGUCGAUGCGCCACAGCGUCUUGUUGCCGUAUGGGGGGCCAUGGGCUCAGGGUCCUGCAGCCACACCCCGUACUUCCCUGUGAUGCUGUCAGCCUUCCGGUGCAGGACAGGCUCUCCUACAGACACCAGCUCACCACAGCCUGGACAAACAGAUAGAGGUUAGUUACAUUCAAUUCAAACUUCUACACAUUGGAAAUUGUGCUAUGUGAAAUAUACAGUAAAUGUCACAAAGCUAUCCAUAUCUUUAUGAUAAUCUCUGAAAAGAAUUUGGAUUGUGAGAGGUGACAUGCAUCUAUAUAGUUUGGUGUAUACAAGAUGGAGGGCGUGAAAUCUCGCUCCUCGACGGAGUGUUCCCCUCUCCCCCCGUCAAGCACAUCGCAUCCCUCAUUAUCCUCACGCUCACGUUUGCAUCGCGCUCCACUCAAAUCGCCCCCGCUCACUCCAAAAAAGGAACGAAAUCUGCAUGUAUUUCACUUUUAGCUUAAACCACAGCCUUAAUUUAUCUCCCCGAAUUUGUUGCAUACAGACUCAUCUCGGAUUAUCCAUUCUGUCUUGAAACGGGGAUCUAACACUGACGCUAAAAUGAGAUGUUAAUCAGUAUAGUAUAUUCCAUAGCGAAUUGACACGUUGUUUGCCAAUGUUUCUGCAAAAGCAGCGAUGCCCAUUGGAAGUGCAGCGUGAGUGUAAUCGGUGAGCAGGGAUUUGAUUUAUGUGACAGCAGGGAGGAUCAUCCCCAGGUUCCCCAGCUCCUUCUGCAUUUUGUCUGUGAGGUCUGCUAGUGGUGUCAGCACACGGACAAGGUGCGUCAGCUGCGGUACUUGAUUCAGGGUGAUGUUAGAAACAUUAGACUUGAGUUUGUUUUGCCAUAACGGGUCUUUUUGGAACAACCGGAUGAACGACUGAAUCAUCCGCAGCUGGCUGCUCCAUCAAAUGGCGCAGGCAUUUGUGGGGCGGACACCUAAUUGGUCGGUUUCCUCUGUGCUCUUGCGUACACUUUUCACCAGGUGCCCGACUUUCACUAACAGCCUAUUAAUGUUGUCGUGCUCGUUAACGGCGUUUUUGAUCGCCAGCUGAAGCAUGUGAAUGGGGCAUCUCAGAUGUAAAUUUGACAAAGUAAAGUACUGAUUUAUCAUAGUUUCUUGGGGGGGUGUAGCCCGGUUGAGCUGCGCUGGCGAAGUGUUGCAUCCCUUCGCGUUCUCCUUUACUCAGCGGUUCAUAGUCCAUGAAAAUCAUUUUUUAAAAUGCUACAUCCAGCUCUCUUUUUCUCUCCCUUGUUAUGGUUGGGCCUUUGCCUGCAGUGAAUAAACUUUUGAAUUCCUCAACGCUUUUCUCUUGUUGCUGCUGCUGCUCCUCGCUCUAUAAAAUACAAAUUCUUGGACGACACAAAUUAAAUUAAACAGAUGGAUUCUGGGUCAGGCUUGAGCAUGCUUCAGACUCUUGGUGUGAGCGAGCGAAAUUGGAGCGGGACAUAGGGCGACGCUCCGUCCUUUUAAAAAUGCCGCUCUGCGCUCUGUUCAAAAUCCGUCCGCUCACGCUCCACUCCGCUCAUAUGCUCUGGUGUAUAGUGACUCUAAGAAGCCACCAGGGGGAGAUAGAUAGAUAUGAGUGGGAGUCAGGAAGGUCAUACCUGUGUGGUUCUGCCCAGCUUCUUGAAUGAGACUGAUGCAUGGACCUCGGUCACCUCGGCCUUCAUCUCCUGAUAGGCGGCAUAGCCAGGGUCUGACAGAGGGGGAUAGAGAGAGAGACAGGGAGAGGGAGGGAGAUAAAAAAUAGUUUUAUUUAAUGUUUGAUCUGGUGGCUGAAGUCAUAAACUCAAAACAUACAGUAUCGAUAAACCUAAACACAUUCAAAGAUGACACGCUGAUAACAUGAAAGCCUCUUAUUAGGUGCCACAGUCAUUUAACCUGCAGCACGGCACGGUCCCCAAUAGGAUAACAGACACUUAAACUGACAUGUAACAUGCAUGAGUGACAGGGCUGUAAAAGGAGCUUCUGUGUCGUUAAUACCAUUCCGCUAAUGCAACCAAGCACAGCUAACAGAAACCUGACUUGUACUCCACCCAGUUUACAUUACAACACUUUGAUUUCGUCCCGAUCAAUUAAACAAACACUCGCCAUCCACAGUUCCUAAGUCACACAUAUAAUCAUGCAUCAUCACACAGUUCAGGGGUUCAGUUGUGAUGUUGACAGUAGCAACCCACCACUGGCUGGGCUCUGGUUGAGCUUGUGCAGUGGCAGUCCUGCUCCAGCGGCCUGGGACUGGUGGCAGGGUGUCUGUCUCAGUGUCUCAGCCUCCACACUCAGCUCAUCCACCCUCCUCUGGAGUUCCUGCACCUGCCUGUUCAGCUGCUCCUUGUCCUCAUGCAGCGGGCUCUUCUCUCCCAUGGCCUGGGAGUACACCUCCUGGAUGGCCUUGUCACCCCCAGCCGUGGCCCCUCUACCCCGGCUCCCUCGCCUCCCAGCAGCCUGCUGACCAGGGCCUCCAGUAGUGUGAGACGAGACGACCCCCUCCAUCUCAGGUCCUCCUCUGGCCCCAGGGCAGCUGGCCUCGGCAGGGUUGUCCACUGUGAAGGUGUACUGGCAGCGCCCGGUGUUGUCAUUUGAGCGUCGCAGGGAGGCUCUGUCCUGGCCAUGGGUAGACAGCACCAGGCAGGACAGACACAAGGCUACCGGGAGCCACCUUCUGAAGGACGGGUGGAUGGGUCACCUGGGUUUCAGAUUGGAUCUGGGAUGGAACCAUUCAGAAUGUGGAUUCCUUGCUGUUGGAUUCCUUGCUCAGUCUCUUUAUUUCUCACUUUGCUUUCAUUUCUUUUUGUCUGGGUUAUUGUUCUGCAUCUUCUCACUCUCUGGUUUCUGGUCAGUGUCUGUUGGUCUCUGAGUUAGAACACACUGCGAGUUAGAUAUUUAUACUGUCAACUAGCAGAGGGUGGAGGGGACAUGGGUCUGGGGGGGAUGGGGACGGGUCUGGGGGGGAUGGGGACGGGUCUGGGGGGUAGCUGGUGUGACACCAUGUGUUUUGGGACAGAGAGUAAAUAUAACACAGUAUCAGGGGAAAUCAACACAGUUAGUUUUUUCCUGUCAGUGUUUUAUUGUCUGUCUGUAAUAGUUGUUUGUCUGCAGUUAUUUAUCAAAACACUGGUUUUUAUUAGACAUCUUUAUGCGUCUGUUGUCUGGUCCCCUUUUUGUAGAAGUAACGAUGGCCACUCAGUGUUUACUUCAUAGCUGAUAUAACUAUCAUUAAAUCACCAUAUGAUUAAACUCUCCCCAGACACCAAGUCCAAUAUCUCUUGGAUUUAUCACCAGUUAGGUAGCAUCCUAUCCACCUGCAUAUUAAGUGUACAUGUAAGCUCUGGUCUUAGGCUCAGCGAAUGCACCAUACCACGCUGUCUGCUUGCUUUAGUCCAAACAGGUCUGGGAAUCCCAGCUGCCAUUCACCCCUUUCCCCCCACAGCAGGCCAACACAGUUUAGCCUGGUCCCAGAUCUAAGGGCAACCCAGUUCACCUGUACACCUGAGGGCCGUCUGGCACUCUGCUCUACCAUGGCAAGAUGUCUGGAGGGUGGUUAAGAUUAGGAAUGUGGUGAGGGUAGAUGGUCCUUCCUUCCUCCCUAACCCAUAGUUUUCUUUAUCUGGCUGCUACACUCUGGCAUUAUAAAUUUAGCUGAAGGAUGGGGAUAAUUAGGGAAUAUUUAACUGGACAUCAUCCCACUCUUGUGUAUCAGAACGUUGAGGCAAGCCUUUAGUCACAUCCUCUUUCUUUCCCCUCACAUGCAGGGACCUGUGUCCCACCUCCCUCGUCUCUCCCUGCCUCCCUCUCCCCCCACUGCUCUCCCCCUGGCUAGCCACACUCUCUUCUCUCCCUCUUCCUAUCUCCCUGGCCUGCCACCAGGUUGGGGUCUUCAUCCUGGGGGAGCAGUAUAGAAAUGGGCCAUGCCCUUUGGUUUGAUUUGGUGAUUUGGAGACAUAAGAACCCCUGUUUUGUACCAGGUGGACAUUGCACGUGUGUCACCCCGUCUGUCUGUUGGUCUGUAGGGCAGUUAUGUGAAGCACACAGUCUCCCUCCAUUUAGUAUGAUAUGUUAUGUUUUGUAUGGUAUGUAUUCAUUUGUGGAUGUCUAUUAUCUAUUUUGUAUGAUAUGUUACGAAUUACAAUUCGUAUGAUAUGUUAUGAAUUGUAAUUCGUACAAUAUGUUACGAAUUUGCAAUACAUACGAUAUGUUACAAAUUCCAAUUUGUUGUGGCUAAAGUUAGCUAGGUGGCUAAUGCUAACGUUCGCUAGGUGGCUAACGUUAGCUGGGUUAGGUGUUAGGGUUAAGGUUAGGGUUAGGAGUUAGGUUAAAGUGUUUAGGUAAGGGUUAGCUAACAUACUCUACUAAGUAUUUGCAAAAUAGCUAACAAGUAGUAAGUAGUUGCUAAUUCAAAACACGCAACCUUGGGGUUGCUAGACGUUUGCGUUAUAUACCCACCCAUCCACCCUGACCAACCACCCUCCUUUAGUUUUUGCCUUAAGUAACCUUCUGUCUUAUGUCACCACCAAACGCAACAUAGGCUAUCACACUAAUUUGAGUGUACCAUAUUUCCGUUUACUAUGUUACGUCUCGUCUAUGAGACCAGGCUACACACACACACACACACACACACACACACACUCCUAAUGGGUCUGUGGGGAACAGGACACUUUGUUAGCAGGUGUUAUGACUGUAGAGGGCGGGGCCAGUGGUGCAGGUUAGAACCACAUGGCUCAGACACGAUAGCCCAUUAUAGAAAAACCCCUCAGAGAGGCAGCAGGGAGAAUCACUAAGAUCAUAACAAACGCUCCAUGUUUUUUUUUGCAUAUUUACAAUUGGCAAAGCUACGGUCAACUCAAAUUCAAAACUCUGCUUGAGUGAUUAUUUAUUUUCUAUUCCCUCCCCCCCAAGUCCUCCACCCCUCUUGCUUCCAACUCAAAUUCACCACGCACUCACAGAAAAGCGUUCAUUCCACAAUAUCAAACACAAACUCCGCUGGUUGGCUCAUAUACGUAAUGUUUCACUGUGGAAACUCCAGCAGUGUUUUUGCCACACAUUUGUCCACCUCUCCAAUGUGUUUUUGAGGCCCACUGCCUCAUAGUCGCCACAGAGAAAAUGGUAGGACUGGGACGCAAAGUAAACAACAUAAUAGUAGACAGCAAAGGCAUAUAAUGGUAUUUCUUUAGAUUUAUCAGCAGUCUAACUGGUUUGACUACUCCUGGGAUACCUCACGUAAAGACGCAUAUCCUUUUAAGAGUUGAGCGUGGCAGAUUUUCUAGGAGGAUUAUGGACAGCAAGAUCAGAUGGAGUGAAGAAAAUAACAGCAAGGAGGAUAACCAUAGAAACUCAAACUGAAAUCUUCUCUUGGACCAGUUGUCACGGAUUCUGCCGAGACUGCCCUUCCUUCUGGCUCGGGCAGGCUUCGGCGUUCGUCGUCACCGGAGUACUAGCUGCUGCCGCUCUAUGUUAGAUGUUUCUAUGUUCAUUUGAUUGUUGUCUGUUGUUGCACACCUGUUCCCCAUUAUGGUAGUUUGUCUUCCUAUUUAACCUGUUCACGUCCACUGUUUGGUGUGCGUGUUUAUUUGAUUGUACGAGUGUCAUUUUGUGAGCGGGUUUUGCUCCUCCUUUGUUGUUUUGGAGGGUUUUGCUUGUAUUUCUUUACUACUCAGUAAAGUGGUUCUUCAUCUCAUUCUGUGUCCUGCGCUUGACUCUGGCCUACCGCAUUCCACCGACAUUCGUGACAGAAACACGCACCACUAUGGAGUCAGCAGGAGCAGCCGGAGUAACCGAGACGAUGGAGGAACGAGUCCAACGUCAGGAAUGAAUGAUUCAGACUCUCUGGGUCACCAUGGAACGAGUAUUCCAGACAAUGGAACGAUGGGAGAGAGGUGGUAUCCCGUCACCAUCUCCAACCACUCACCCACCUACAACACUGGUCACCGCUUCGCCAUCUGGGUCCAGUGGGAUUCGGCUCUUGCUCCCGAGGACAUAUGACGGAACACCUGCCGGGUGCCAGGGAUUUCUCCUCCAGGUCGAGCUUUACCUGGCCACCAUUCACCUGGCGCCCUCGGGAUACGAGAGCGUGUCCGCCCUCAUCUCCUGUCUAUUGGGGAAGGCGCUGGAAUGGGCCAACGCAGAGUGGGGAGGAAUAGACGCAAGUACUGUCCGCUACGAGGAUUUCACCCGGUAUUCGAUCAUCCACCAGAGGGGAGAGCGGCGGGUGAACGUCUGUUCCACCUACGACAGGAGAUGAGGAGCGCGCAGGAGUUUGCGCUGGAAUUCAGAACUUUAGCAGCCAGCGCGGGAUGGAAUGAGAGGGCCCUGAUCUACCAUUAUCGCUGCAGCUUAAGGGAGGACGUCCGUCGGGAGCUGGCCUGCAGGGACACCGAUCUCACCCUGGACCAACUGGUGGACAUGUCCAUCAGGUUGGAUAACCUGUUGGCAGCCCGCGGACGUUCUGAUCGGGGGAUGUCCAUUCCAUCCACCAGCACCUCCGAGUCUACCCCCAUGGAGCUCGGAGGUGCUGCGGUUAGGGAGACUGGGAGAGGGACCGUCCCCUGCACCAACUGUGGCCGCAGAGGACACACCGCUGGUCGGUGCUGGGGAGGGUCCUCAGGAGGUCGAGGCAGCAGGCAGAGCAUUGGUCGACCGUCUCAGGUGAGUAGGCACCCGACUCACCCAGAGCCUCCUGUUGCUAAUUUGUGUAUAGAUAUUGUUUUUCCAGAAGUUUCCCCCCAUUCCCAGCAUAAGGCGCUAGUAGAUUCAGGCGCGGCUGGGAAUUUUAUUGAUCGCCAGUAUGCUCGUAGUUUAGGGAUUCCUACUGUGUCUGUUGAUAAACCUUUCCCUGUGCACGCAUUAGAUAGUCGCCCGUUAGGGUCAGGCAUAAUCAGGGAGGUCACCACCCCACUUCUGAUGAGGACGCAGGGGGGUCAUGAGGAGAGGAUUAGCCUCUAUCUGAUUGAUUCUCCUGCGUAUCCUGUGGUGUUGGGACUUCCCUGGUUAACCAUUCAUGACCCCACGAUUUCAUGGCAACAGAGGGCUCUUAAGGGAUGGUCCGGUCAGUGUUCAGGGAGGUGUAAAGAAGUUUCCUUGGGGGCAACUACGGUGGAAAGUCCAAACCAGGUUUCCACUAUGCACAUUCCUGCCGAGUAUGCCGAUUUGGCUAUCGCCUUCAGUAAAAAGAGGGUGACUAAAUUACCACCUCAUCGUCCGGGGGAUUGCGCGAUAAAUCUCCAGGUAGGAGCUGCACUUCCCCGGAGUCACGUGUAUCCUUUGUCUCAGGAAGAGAGGGUGGCUAUGGAGACAUAUGUCACGAGUCUCUGAGACAGGGAUACAUUCGGCCAUCCACUUCACCUGUCUCCUCGAGAUUCUUUUUUGUGAAGAAGGAUGGUGGUUUACGCCUGUGCAUUGAUUACCGUGUCUUAAAUCAGAUUACCAUCAAGUACAGCUAUCCAUUACCCCUGAUAGCUAGUAUGACGGAAUCAUUGCACGGGGCACGCUUCUUCACAAAAUUGGAUCUCAGGAGCGCGUACAACCUAGUGCGUAUCCGGGAGGGAGAUGAGUGGAAGACGGCAUUUAGUACCACCUCUGGACAUUAUGAGUAUCUUGUCAUGCCAUACGGGUUAAUGAAUGCUCCAUCAGUCUUCCAAUCAUUUGUGGAUGAGAUUUUCAGGGACCUGCACGGACAAGGGGUAGUGGUGUAUAUUGAUGACAUACUUAUAUACUCCACUAAAGAGCUUGAAAGACUGUUGGAGCAUGACCUGUAUGCUAAGGCAGAGAAAUGCCUGUUCUUUCAGGAGUCCAUCGCCUUCCUAAGGUACCACAUGUCCGCGUCUGGGGUGAGGAUGGAGAGUGACCGCAUUUCGGCCGUGCGUAAUUGGGCGACUCCAACCACGGUAAAGGAGGUGCAGCGUUUCUUGGGGUUGGCCAACUACUACCGGAGGUUUAUCCGGGGCUUUGGUCAGGUAGCGGCUUCCAUUACCUUGUUGCUGAAGGGGGGACCGGUGCGUCUGCAGUGGUCAGCUGAGGCGGACAGGGCUUUUAGUCGCCUGAAGGACCUGUUUACCUCGGCUCCAGUGCUGGCUCAUCCGGAUCCCUCCUUGGCCUUCACGGUUGAGGUGGACGCAUCCGAGGCUGGGAUAGGCGCUGUACUUUCUCAGCGCUCGGGCACGCCACCCAAGCUCCGCCCCUGUGCUUUCUUUUCGAAGAAGCUCAGCCCGGCGGAGCGCAACUAUGAUGUGGGGGACCGGGAGUUGUUGGCGGUGGUCAAAGCCCUGAAAGCGUGGAGACAUUGGCUUGAGGGGGCUAAACACCCUUUUCUCAUUUUGACUGACCACCGCAUUUGGAACACCUUCUUAAUAUUGAGUUGCACCCCCUUUUGCCCUCAGAAAAGCCUCAAUUCGUCUGGGCAUGGACUCUAUAAGGUGUCGAAAGCGUUCCACAGAGAUGCUGGACAAUGUUGACUCCAAUGCUUCCCACAGUUGUGUCAAUUUGGCUGAAUGUCCUUUGGGUUGUGAACCAUUCUAGAUACACACGGGAAACUGUUGUGUGAAAAACCCAGCAGCAUGUUCAACUUAAUAAAAAACAUGUUUUCCCAUCUCAAGAGGUUAAAUAAAAAAAUUACUAUAGUAAGUGCCUAUUAAGUGCCAAAUAAAGUAACAGGAUUUACCGUAACAGGGUUGACCGUAACAGGGUUGACGAUUUCUUCUUAAAUCAGCCAUAAAUCCCCUUGUGACAGGGCAAUUGAGUGGCAAUUGAAUGCUAGCUUCACAAAAAAAAUAUGAAAUUGUUAAAAUGGGUAACAGGGUUGACGUGUUAUGCUUGACAUGCUCAGUUUUCCACCACAAAAUGUCCAAAAAGUGUAGAACCAGCUCCCCUGCUUUUACUCUAUGAUUUGACUAUUACAUGUUCAAUGUGUCUUUUGAAAAAAAUAUUUAAAAGGAAUAGUUUCAGCAUAUUAAAACGAAAGUUCAGUUCACAUAUCAGGGUUGAGCUUAAAAGGAGGGACAGAUGUAAAUGAAUCACUAAUCACAUGAAAUAAAUAAUAAUCAUCUUCAGAAAUGACAUUGUCAAAGCAACAAAAUAACUAGGGCUUGACAAAGAUGGUGAAACUUGGAGAAAUGUUGGGAUUAAGUGGGUGAAAGUCUUCCUAGAAGUGGUCUACAUGUAUAUAAAGGGCACUUCAUUUAAUAUAACACAUUUUUAAAAUUCAAUACUGGUGCACAAUUUCUAGAGACGCAAAAGUCACUCAUUUCGUGGACCGACCCAUUCACUGGUAUGAAACGUAAUGUAUAGGGGUAAAGGUUCAUUUACAUUGUGGCGCUGCUUGAUUGGUCUCUGAUAUACAGGGUGAGACAUACACAGACAUUCUUCAGUUACCUCAGUGUUUACUUUGCUACAUGUAGCGUUACAUGUAUGUGAGUACAUACGCUAUACCAUAAUGUAAGAUUGGUGAAAACAUAAAAGACUCAUUACUUUUGAUUCAUGUUUCUGGGAAAGGUAGCCUUCAAGGUUGCUACAGUAGUACUGGUACUGGGUACUGGGGUGGAUACCGGGGGUGUUUUGUUGAGUCCUAAUUGAGCCUUCAGGAGGUAGGAUUCGAUGGGAUGUUUUUGUCUGUAAGGAUUAAAGAGCGUCUGCCUUCUGUCUGCCAGGUGUGAUGAUGGUGGAUCACACACUAUAGCCCUCCUACUUCUCUUACUGGAAGUGUUGUUCAGUCACAGAGUCACUGACUGUCAUAAUGUUGAUUCAGAGAUGUUAUUUUCGUAUCUGACAUUUGCUACUGUAAAGGACGUCACGGUGCUUGCUUAGCGAGUACUACUUCCUCCUGUUUCGGCUCACACCGAGGCUCGAACCCAGGACCUCUGCCCCAAUAAAUUCCUAUUUUCAUACUUUGGCUAUGUCAUGCAGCCAAGCACACUCCACUAGCCAUACAACCUCUGUACGUGUGUAUGUAUGUGUGUUUUUGUGUGUGUCUGUGUGUUGGUUUUGUGUGUGUAUUCAUUUUGUGUGUGUGUGUACAGUACGUGCAUGGGGAAGGUGUUUUGUGCAUGUUAUUUAAGGGACAACUGUUUUCCUCAUUGAUGACAGCUUAACAACAGGGAACUCUGGCGAAGCUAAUCUAAGAAUUAGAGUCUGCCAUCAAAAUGGUGAGGGAGAGGAGGAUGAAGAAAGAGGUAAGGGAAUCAUAACUCUCCUUCCGCCAAGUAGUCUGGAGAGACCUGCACAGAUGGAAGGAGUCGUAAAUAAGACGAAGACAAUCCAUAACUGUACAUAAUAUUGAUCUGUAUAUUAGUCCCCGCAGAUCUAGUAAACUGCCGACGUAAGCAACAUUUCCAUCUCAUUUGGGGGAGAAAAGUAGCAGUAGGGUAGGGGUAAAUUCUAUUUAAAUUCAGGGGAUGAAUUAAAAUAAAGCUACUGAAUUUAAAACCUCCCAUUGUUUUCUCGUGGACACAUUAAGUGAUUUUUGACCCCAACAACACUGAGCAUCAGCAGCAGUAGCACCUAUACCAUUUAGAGCAGGGAUACUCAAAUACUAUUUGAGAAGGUCCGGUCACUCACAUUUCCUAGGUGGCAAAGGACCGGAUGGAUAUUGUCAUUCAUCGUAAUUUAUCGGCCAAGUAACAAACCCCCAUCCUUCAACCCAUGUGACCCCAAACUGUUCACACCUCUCAACCCAUGCGACCCCAAACUGUUCUGUUUUUUUGGGGUAAAUAUAUAUAUUAUAUAUAUUUUGACUGUAUAUUUUACUUCUUUAUUAUUUGAAUAAAUGGAACGGAGUCAACGUGGUUUCUAUAUGUUUGAUGUGUUUGAUACGUUUCAUUUAUUCCAUUCCAGUCUUUACAAUGAGCCUGUCCUCCUAUCGCUCCUCCCACCAGCCUCCUCUGACCCUGGCUGGGGUAGCCCCUCUCUGCUCACCAGUAGGAUCACUGGGCUAAACUGGAGAUGGCUAGCAAGGUACUAGUCAAUCAAUCAAUCAACCAAUGAUGCUCCUCUGGAUAUUUAAAGGGGGAAAUCUGGGCUUGGUUCCAGUUUUGUUGUUGUUUGAAUCCCAGAUUUCCCUGAGUUGGGCAUUUUGCAUUUUAGACAGUGUUUGUAAUAAAUCCUGAUAUUUUCUGAAAGGACAGGAGUUUUGGUGAGUGUUGAUGGUGUAUUGGUGGUUGCCUACUUGGCACAAAACCAACUCCACUCUGCCUCCACAAAAUAUGACAAUCUGCAAGAUAUCUUAAUAUUGUGUGAUUUAUGUGGAUUCCAAGAUUAAUUGACGAUCAAGUGACUGGUAAAGAGGCCGUGUUGAAUCUGGAUUAACUCUGCCCUCUGGUGGAAAACCUGAAACAUAGCAACAUACAGUAUGUGUACCAGCAUUCACCACAGUGCUGUAGCCUACUGUGUAGGGAGAUGACAGGCUAGUUGGUGCAACAGUGCAAGAAGAAUUGGAGGAUCCAGGGUUUUGAAUGGGACACCUAGUCACUUUACCCCUACCUAUAUGCACAAAGCUACCUCAAUUACCUGGUACCCCUGCACAUCGACUUGGUACUGGUACUCCCUUAUAUAGACAUGUUAUUUUCUACUCCCUGUAUAUAGCCAUGUUAUUUUUUACACGUUAUUGUUAUUCAUUAUUCACUGUGUAUUUAUUCCUUGUUACUAUUUCUAUUUUUUUAGAUCUUUAACUCUGCAUUGUUGGAAAAGUAUCUGUAAGUAAGUAUUUCACUGUUAGUCUUCACCUGUUGUUUACAAAGCAUGUGACAAAUACAAUUUGAUUUGCUUUGGUCAUCCUGUAGCAGAGUUCUUUAGCUGUUUGGAAUGUUCACCUGUUAGAGUGUGCCAUGCCUGCCCCCACCAGGGUAAAGACAAUUAGUAGGCCUAAUGCCAAAUCACAUUUAGCAACUGAUUCUAAUGCUGAUGUUUAAUGAGCAUGUCAAAUGUAGGGUAUAGCUAUUGUUACAAUGAAUUGAGGAAACAAAAUGGCUUUUAUCUAACACAGAUGUUGACCUGGUGAGGUUAAAAUAGGCAUGCUGUGCCUUGUCCUCUCUGCAUGACUUUCUUCUCCAGCCAUCCUUAUGGCCUACAGUAGCCUAGCCCUAGCCUACAAAAUGACUGUAGCGACCACUAUACUGGCCACCUGCUAUGGAACAGAAUGCAUUGCCAUCUAACAAAAUACAUUAUCUAUGCACUAAUCACACACUAUAGAAGAGGCCAUGGUGGAAAGGGGUGAGGGUGAGUUGGACAUGAAUGUGUCAGUGUCCUUCAGCCUCAAAUAUUCGAAAUGUUAUUUUUUCUCUCACUGCAGGGGACUGAAGGAGCGCAUCCAACCAAUCAUGCUCAGUGUGGUGAUUCGCAGCCGUGAGUCACGACCGCAAAGCUGGCACGAUGUAAACAGGGGGCGGGUUUGUUUUGCCUAACCUGUGUGCGCUCUGCCUAUAGGCCUACCGUGCCGCGACCAUAACUCCCCUGCUGUCAUUGGGCACCUCAUAUGUCAAUCUUAUUACCAGGCGCGGCGAGCAUCGCAAUUGUCGCGGUUGCAUAAAAUAAAUAUGGUUAAUCCGUUAUAGAGGCGAAUUUGUGUUCGGAAUGAGGCUUUGAAGUCCAUCUGAGCAUAACAACGCUACCAAAACAUCAUUAUUUAGCACUGGACAUUCACAUUAAGCCGAUGCUCAGUUACAGCAGGUGGGGUUGCUUGUAGGCUAUAAUUGCGUUUGGAUCCGGAUUUUGGAUUGGAUCUGCCUGUUCUUCAAACUCCAAGGAAUCCUUGAGAAAGGGUAAAUGAGAAAUGGCUAUAGAUAAAGAAUAGAAUGAAUGUUGUGAUUUAUUUGUUAACGUGUUGCCUGUAAGCAAAACACAUCAUUUUCGAUGCGAAUCAUUUGGUGUGGGUAGGUCACUUUUCGUCUUGAUGCAUGUAGCCAAACCUAUGGAAUUAGCCUGUCUACAAUUCAAUGCACGGUUUUAUAUUAUGUGCUUUUAGAGCGGGGUUUUAUCAAGGACUUUAAUACCCAAAUGCCCUUGAAGAAAACGGUGUGUGUGCGGUGUUGGUGGCAAGCAACUGCGCAAUCCUACUCUGACUCUCUCUCUCUCUCUCUCUCUCUCUCUCUCGAAUCGACCCUUGCUUUGCUCGGGGCAAUGCGUGGCUAGAUGACUACUACAUCAACAAACACGGUAGCACUGGACUAAAUAUAUAACCACCUACUUCCUUCUCUCUCAUCUUGAGCCCCGCCCGCAAGCACCAUGGGUAACCGGGGAAUGGAGGACUUGAUCCCGCUGGUCAACAAGCUUCAGGACGCAUUCAGCGGCAUCGGUCAGAGCUGCAAUCUUGACCUGCCACAGAUCGCGGUAGUCGGCGGACAGAGCGCUGGCAAAAGCUCGGUGUUGGAGAACUUCGUUGGCAGGUAAACGAGCAGCAGCCAAGCACAACACGCCGAAUUCAUCACUAUAGGGCAAAAAAUAAAACUCUCUCGUUAAGCAUGGGGUCGGGGAUGUCGUGUCCAUCCCGGUCACGUUUCGUUUUUCGAAACGGCUGUGGCAUCCCGGAUCUUCUUUGAGCCAGGAGCUCGUCUCCAUCUUAUUUUUAACGCGCAUUCCUAUUUCAUAGCAGGCUUUAUGACAAGGGAGCCGAUAUUUGGGUUACCGCAACCCCCACGGGAUUCCAGCCCAAUCAGCCAGCCCCAUUUAGCCUGUUUCAGUCCCUGAAAUCUCAGCAUUUGCUUUGAAAUAUUUACAUAAACGUAUUGCAAUGUAAAAUAGGUAAGGAAAUUACUGUUGUAAGGACUGCUGGAUAUAUACGUUAACACCUGGAAACACUCUUAUUAGAUUAAUAUGAUCAAAUCAGUUCUGCUGUCAAUCACAAAGAAGAGCUUCCAUUAGAUUUUCUGCACAGUGGGAUUAAUUGGUAUGUUAUGGCAGUGUGGUUGGUACAUAAAACAGAACCUUAGAUAGUGACAGAGGAGGGUAUAGGUUCAGAAAGAUUGCAUAUACCUUCAAAUAUUUACAGACAAGCGUGAAUGGUAAAGACUGGCAAUUGAGGUUAGGUAUAGAUGGUAUUCCUACUAUCUUCAGGGUCGUAUUAAUUAGUGCACAAAGUAGCAAAACCCUUUGCAAUGGUAAACAAAAACGAGAGUUUCUUAUUGAACAAGGUUCAGAGUCCCUCCCUAUAUCAGUCUGUUUUCUUCCAUUUUGUGCCUAGAGAAUACGACCCAGGUCUAGAUAGAUGAAGUGCAGGGUUGUUGGCAGCAGCAUCAGCCAAGGCCCAGCCAGCCACCCCUGAGACCUGGGAUCCAGCUGAGUAAUGGUCCUGCUGUCCAGGGUUGGCUCCCCCACCCACACUGCUGCUGAAUGGACAGCAGGGGUCUGACUCAUAUUUUCUGCUAGCCCGUAGAUAGAGGGAGGUUUCAAUAUCAAUAUUUGUUCAUUCAUCGAGCCAAUUUGAGUGAAAUGACAAGAUGCCUAAACAUACAUGUAGACACACACACACACACACACACACACUAAAUACUUUAGUUGAAUCCACCAAUCAAAUUUACAAAAAAAGGAUCCAAACAUUUUAAAGGUCCCUGUAUGCAUGGCACUCCAGGGUACAGAAAGCACCACCUCCUCCAAACAGCUAGGCUUUCCACGACAGCUGAAACAGAGCAGUACCUAGCCAGUUGCUUUGCGCUAGUUUUUGUCAGGCCCGCAAUCUGGAGGCCACGCACUGCAAGCCUGUGACCGAGACUGCCGAAUAUCAGCGCCACCAGCUUGCACCUACACCCGAGGCUGUCCAAGCGUGCCACGAGGGGCUGGUACUUAAGCACCUUCUCGGCAAAGGCCUGCUCCAUGUAACCCUCAAAUGAGCAGCCCACUUCCAAAAUGAGCGCCUCCCCCCACAACAACAAUAUCUGGCGUAUUUGGCACACAGGAAAACACAUCAACAUCAAACCAGCUUUCCCUUACACAAGAGUGUUUAUGCUCAUGUUCUGUUGGUGAGACCUUGUCUCACCUUGCUGGCUAUCAGGUCAACACACACACACUUGCCAGGCCAUCAUUGUUAAUAAGAGUUUGUUCUUAACUGACCUGCCUGGUAAAAUAAACACACACACACACACACACACACACACACACCUACACAUGCACUCUCUUGCCUGGUAGCAGACUGGUGUGUACUGAAGUCAUCGUUCUUUAAAUGAGUGCUCUGCUACUUGUCACUGUGCAGCAGUUCAUGUUGACUUCUUGUGCUUUAGGUCAGAAUGACAUAUACACAUUUCAGAACUAUUUUAUUGGAUCAGCAUCAUUAAGGGAAUCGAGGUGUGCUCCGGUGGCUCUGAGGGUAAACUGGAAAAACAUUUUGGACCAAAGAGCCUGUAGACAUUUUCAGAUCAACAUUUUUUUCCAUUCAUAUUAUCUUCUGUUAGUAAGAAGAGACUCCAUUUGGUUGUGUGCUUUGAUUAAUUCUACAUUACGUGGUUGUGUGUGUUCAGUAUGUGUGAGUCAUUGUACACCAUGGCAGUCUGGCUGUUGGUGGUUCACCCAGGGUUCACAAGGCCUCAGUCUCCUACAGUGCAACACACCAUCACUGUCACCAUCAACAUAGUCUCACAUAGCCAGACACCAUCUUAUUGUCACAUUCGUUCCUGGCAGGCAAGGUUAAAUUCAACCCCACCUCCUCUGUGUUUCUGUCCUGAUUGGCUAUUUGUCUGCAGGGACUUCCUGCCCCGAGGCUCUGGGAUCGUCACCCGCAGGCCCCUUGUCCUGCAGCUUAUCAGCGCCAAUGCAGGUAAUGCGCACACACCACACACACACACACACACAUACAUUUGGAAUCUAAUCUUUGCGUCUAUCUUCACAGAAUGGGCAGAGUUCUUACACUGCAAAGGGAAGAAGUUCACAGAUUUCGACGAAGUUCGCCAGGAGAUUGAGGCAGAGACUGACCGCAUUACUGGUGCCAAUAAGGGCAUCUCUCCCGUCCCCAUCAACCUGCGCGUCUACUCCCCACAUGGUAGACAUACACAACCCCUUAACUACUCUGUCCUCUACCUCCUGCACCGCUGAACAAUUGUGUAUUGUUCAUUGUGAGGUGUUAUGCUCUCCAUCCUGUGUGUUAAGUAAUAUUCACUAUGAGAUGUAUCCGCUCUCCCUCCCUGCCUGCCUGCAGUGCUGAACCUGACCCUGAUCGACCUGCCAGGCAUCACCAAGGUGCCAGUGGGGGACCAGCCAGCAGACAUCGAGCAGCAGAUCAGAGACAUGAUCAUGCAGUUCAUCUGCAGGGAGAGCUGUCUCAUCCUGGCUGUCACCCCGGCUAACUCUGACCUGGCCAAUUCAGACGCCCUCAAACUGGCCAAAGACGUCGACCCCCAGGGUAAGAUGUUGAUCAGAUUGCUAUAUCAUAUGAUGGGGUUACCUGAUUUUUUUAAACACCUAUCCAAGCGUUGUGAGAUCUCGCAGGCAUCUGUAAUGUAGUCAGCCUGGAACGCAGCCUUUGUGUUGUGACUGACCUACCACUGCCUUUUGCCCCUUACCCUUUGACCUCUGAUUCUAGGCCAGCGGACCAUAGGAGUGAUCACCAAGCUGGACCUGAUGGAUGAGGGAACAGAUGCCAGGGAGGUCCUGGAGAACAAGCUGCUGCCCCUGAGGAGAGGUGGGACAUCUCUCUCUUACUUACUUUCUCUCUUUCUUUGUCUUUCUUUAUCAAUCUUUAUGUCCGCCGAUCUACUUUGGUCAUCUUUGGUAUCAGCUUUUCUGUUCUGUCCUCCAUACAUGCUUUUCAUUUUGGUUCCAUUUUCUUGUAUCUCAGUCAUGUCUUUUCCGUCAUCCCCCGACCGUCUGUCUGUGUGUGUUGCCAGGUUACAUUGGAGUGGUUUCACUCUGUCUCUGUGUGUUGUCAGGUUACAUUGGAGUGGUUUCACUCUGUCUGUGUGUGUUGCCAUGUUAUAUUGGAGUGGUUUCACUCUGUCUGUGUGUGUUGCCAGGUUACAUUGGAGUGGUUUCACUCUGUCUGUGUGUGUUGCCAUGUUAUAUUGGAGUGGUUUCACCCUGUCUGUGUUGCCAGGUUAUAUUGGAGUGGUUUCACCCUGUCUGUGUGUGUUGCCAGGUUAUAUUGGAGUGGUUUCACCCUGUCCAUCUGUGUGUGUUGCCAGGUUAUGUUGGAGUGGUUUCACCCUGUCCAUCUGUGUGUUGCCAGGUUACAUUGGAGUGGUGAACCGCAGUCAGAAGGACAUUGAUGGGAAGAAGGACAUCAAGAUGGCUAUGGCUGCUGAGAGGAAGUUCUUCCUGACUCACCCGGCCUACAGACACAUGGCCGAAAAGAUGGGCACCCCAUGCCUGCAGAAAGUCCUCAACCAGGUAGGCUAAAGGACUGACUGUAGACUGACCAGUUAACAGUAACUGAGUCUCUCCUACGGGUUAUUACAUCCUUGCUAUGGAUCCCAAAGCCAGCUUAAUAGGCUUGCUUAGCGUCAUUAUAUUUAGGGUUCAUUUUGUGUUGUGUUGCCAUAGCAACUGACCAACCACAUCCGUGACACGCUGCCGGAAUUCCGUAGCAAGCUGCAGACCCAGCUGCUGUCUCUGGACAAGGAGGCCGAGGAGUACCGGGGAUACCGCCCUGAUGACCCGGGACGGAAGACCAAGCAACUGCUGCAGUGAGUCCAUCAGAAAAAGUUCCACACUCACAAUUAAGGUUGGGAUCAAUUGCGUCUCAAUUCAGUCAAUUCAGCAAAUCAACUGAAAUUCCAAUUUUGAUUGUGUGUGUGUAGGAUGGUGCAGCAGUUUUCAGUCGACUUUGAGAAGCGUAUCGAGGGCUCUGGGGACCAGGUAGAUACUGUAGAGCUCUCUGGUGGAGCCAAGAUCAACCGCAUCUUCCACGAGAGAUUCCCCUUCGAACUGGUUAAGGUUAGAUAGCUGACUGAUGCACAUCUCGUUUCAUUUGGUGCUAGGCUAGAAAACACUCUCAUUCUCAAUCGCUCUCUCGUUCUCACUCUCUCUCUGCCAGAUGGAGUGUGAUGACAAGGAGAUGCGGCGGGAGAUCAGCUACGCCAUCAAGAACAUCCACGGUAUCCGGUGGGUGUGUAUUUAUGAUUACUGCUUACCUCUCUCAUACCACCUUCAACUAUCUCACUCUCCUAUCCUCUUCUUCCUGCUACACGCAUCUACUUUCCUGACUGUUCUCAUCUCCAUUUCUCUCUCUCACUCUCACUUUCACUCUCUAGGACUGGCCUGUUCACUCCAGACAUGGCGUUUGAGGCCAUUGUGAAGAAGCAGAUAGUGAAGAUCAAGGAACCAUGUAUCAAGUGUGUGGACAUGGUCAUUCAGGAGCUGAUCAACACAGUGCGCCAGUGCACCAACAAGGUAACCUUUUAGUCAGUCAAUGCUCAUGGUAUCGUUUAGAAUUCAAAAACAUGGUGUGUUUUAAAUUAUAUUAUUUCCUAUGAUGUACCGUAAUAGGAUGUGAUGUGUGUUUUCAGUUGGAUUGCUUCCCCAGACUGCGUGAGGAAACUGAGAGAAUUGUGACCUCACACAUCCGAGACAGAGAGAGUAGGGCAAAGGACCAGGUAACACCUACAUAUCUCGCACACACACACACACACACACACACACACACAUUAUGUUCUUCUAUCCUCGUGGGGACCUAAAAUUCAUUUCCAUUCUAAAUCCUAUUUUCCCUUACCAUAACCAUAACCCUAAACCUAACCACUAACCCCUUACCCUAAUUAUAACCCUAAACCUAACCCCUAAGCUUAAAAUAGCAUUUGUCCUCAUGGGGACUUGGGAAAUGUCCCCACAAGGGAGAAUUUUCCUUGUUUUACUAUCCUUGUGGUGACAUUUGGGGAUUUUAGGUCCCCACAAGGAUAGAAGAACCAACACACACACACACACACACACACACACACACACAGUACAAAUACACACAUGGUUAUGUAUACAGUAUACUUAUUGACCCAGGGGCUAGUAAUACUACACUGUAAAUGAAGCUUCCAUGUAUUGUUGACCAAAUCUUUCUGUCUCCAAUUGCAGGUGUUGCUGCUAAUCGAUGUCCAGCUCUCGUACAUCAACACUAACCAUGACGACUUCAUAGGCUUUGCUAAGUAAAUUACUGACCAGGCCUGCCUUUAUUGGCCUGCUAAUGUUAUUACAAAGUGGAGAUGGGGGGGGGGGGGGGGGGGGAAAAUAGAUACUGAAUACCUGCAGAUAAUACCGUACAGACCUCUCCCUCCCUUGUCUGUUUCUCUCUCUUGUGCGCUUACUUCCUAUCGCUGUCUAUUUCUGUCUCUCUGCUUUCUCUGCUUCAUAGUGCACAGCAGAGCAGCAAGCAGAGUAACAAGCAAAGUAAUGCUGCAAGCCAGGUCAGCCAGGUGAGACAUAGAGGAGGAUCUGAAAUACCAUACACACACACUUCCGAACAAAAGGCCAAUGGUGCCCACACUCACACAGUGGGCUGCAGGCCAUAUAGGAGGAAACAGGGCCAUAGGGAUAGUGACUCGUAUGCUUCCUGGUUUCUUUAUGUCAUUCAUUUGUUCACAGCACACGGUAAUGUAUACUCCUGUACAUUAUACAUACAUUAUUACCUUUGUUGCAUGCUUUUUUACAUUUCAUGUUGAUUUUGGGGGACCUUUCGAUUGCCUUUGUCUUUUUCAGUUGGAUUGUGACACUUAUGUUAUGCGUGUACAAAACAAAUGGAUGUUUUUACGUUCUAUUUACCUUUAUCACUAUGUUUAAACCCCUUCUAUGUCAUCAAGGUGCCCCCAUGCAUUUCAUCCCAACCCCUUAGUGAGAAUCUGAGCUGCCCUGUUUUGGGCGUCUGGCCUGGUUGGUGAGUAUCACUCGUUGGGGUUAGGGUUGGGCUUUGCCUGCUGCCUGUAUUUACUCUACUCUACUGCCCAGAGUGUGGCUCCCUCUUGUGGCCAACCUGAGUUGACUGUGUAUAGCUUUUUCCAUGUCUCAAGCUUAACCCUUUACACUCGUGGGAAUUGGCCUAUGUGGAUAGGGCUAAAUUUAAAUGUUUCUUACAAAAUAAAUAUGAAAAGCAUGGGAGCAAUUGAAAGUUAGGAGAUUCUGGGGAAAUUAUUAGACCAAAGUUGAGGACAAGACUGAAUCCAAACAUUACGCUGUUGAUUUUUAUGUGCAUUUGACAUUUAAUGUACUUUUCGCCGCAUUUGUUGAUAACGAAAUGUGAAAAUACUCUGGAUAAAUUCAGUAACUGGGAAAUAUGGGGUAGGUGCAACAUUAGACACAAAAAUUACAAGGGUUUGAGUGAAAUAACUAACUGGUGUUUCCAUGUGGCCACACACCUCUCCAAAGUGUGCACAGUUCCUUAGUAAUUUCAAAGCACUUUUAUAACUCAAAGAAACUUCUUCAACUAUAAUGUGCUUUUUGCAGCUCUCAUAGCUGUGCCUUUUGAGGAAGCACAGUUGUGUUGUUUGGAACACAGCCCUACAUCCCUGCCAUCACACAAUUACUGUUGGUGUUUACGCAAUCCAAAAAAGGCCCAUUAUACAUCGUAAUCUGGAUCAGGUGUGCAUCAUUUGAAAGCUUGUUCUAUUGCCAACAUGACUAAGUUAUAAAAUACGAUAUUACAGUGUUAGGCUUUCACAGGGCAAUUCAGAGAAGCAGAUUGUAAUUUUGGUGUGCAUAGAAAGAAGUCAUGCGUGAUUCAGGUCCGAGUUCCGCAGUGAAUUUUCUUCACAAUAGACAGACAUUCUGUUCAGAACAACCCAGGGUAUGACGCAAUGACAUCUUGUAUCUGUACAUCAGACAUAGUGAUCAUAAACAUUGACACUGUAUAUGACUUGAGUUUUAUGAUAUGAAAAUGUGAAGUGCACAUUUGGUCUCGCGGGUGUUUGGCUUGCUUGGAUGACAUCUCAUCUUUAAAAAUACAUAGUUCCUCACUCACACAACAAAAAGUGUGCAAACGUUGCCCAAUUAGCGGGAGGGAUGAGGGCAACUUCUGAACUUGUGUUGCUGAAGUUCAGAACGGCUUUCAGUCAAAACCCAUACAGUGCUGUGAAGCGGAGAGCCUGAGCUCUGACGUCAUGUAUUGCAUGUUACUGUACAGCCACUGCGUUCCAAUUUAUGUGCUUAUCAGUGCACAAAUCUGCCAUUUUCAACCUGUAUACGGGUACGAGUGGAGGGCUACUUAUAGUGGCAUAGGCACAAUCUCAGUUAAAGUUAAAUAACUAGGGAAGAUGACUUUGUUUUCAUUCCAGAAAACCUGAUAGGCAGAUACCGACAAUGUCAAGUUAAUUUCUAAAACACUUGUCGUGACGUGGCUUUCAUUAUUGUGAUGACUAUUAUUUAUUGAAUAAUUACCUACUAUGUUUAAUUGUUAUUAGAUUAAAUGUAUCAUGUAACAAUUAACUCAUUAGGAAUUUGGGACACCACGGGAAAAGUUGUUUAACGAGUUACCGUUUCCCGAAUUAACUGUAAAGAUAUCUUUAUCUCAUAAUUUAAGUCAUUUAUUAAUCAUUUACCUCAUCAGUCUCAUUCUGAAAGUCGUAGGCUCUUUAAGUCUGCACGAACCAAGGUCUUAAUGAUCAUUCCGUACCACACAAAUUGAUUUAAUUAUUUAUUUACUAAUUUAAAAUGAGAACACAAGAUACAAACACGUACACGGUAUAGGUAGGGAUUAGAAAUUUAAUACAAUGAAAACGGGUCCCUAGCGGACUAACACAAAAAAACACUUGGAUACACAUGGACCUAAGCUCAUAGUAAUCAUAAUACUUUGCCAGAACUGCCGUCCGUUUGGUAAGAAGUAAUGCAUGUAUUUACGUGUUUGUCUUCAUCGUCUCUGUUGGACCCAGGCCUUCGUGGGAAGGGUCGAUUGGGCCUUCUCUUUUCGGAUGGCCUUUUAGAUGUAAGGCUCAGAUUGUCCACAAGAGGUCACAAUGUCCUUCUUCUUAGUCGUAUGUUUACUUUCACUCUUUCUGGGAGUGGUCUUCUGAGGACUGCUAAUCAGCCGUGUCGAUGAUCCCCUGUGGGGUAAUGAGAGCAGUGUAGUAUACGAUGGUUUGAAGAGAGUAACAGGAUGGUCCCACUUAAAUUCACCUUCUUAGAUACAGUACUUAGAACAGCUACUCAGACGUAACAUUGAUUGUUAGUGGAGGCAACUUUGUCGUCUUCACCUCGUGUUGAUUUUCAGGGUCGGGCCCAAUAUGGACAACAGCUGCAGCUUGAGGUCCGUCUAGUCUGAUCUGAUCGUUCUUAUCUCAGUCUUUUAUGCACUCUGGUAAAGAGGGGCGUUUCUGUCAUACUCCCUCGGGCGUGGCUAGUUACGAGGCAAAAGUAUUAUCACUAUGAUUCUGUUAAAAAGCUAAAAUCACAUUCCUAUCUUCACGGAAACAUUGUCUUCCUCCUUGAUAUUUUCUACCCAAGGUAAAGGAUGUAAGCCUGACAUACACAGUGUAAAAGCUCUUAAAGUCACACUGUUUUCGUUAUAACGCCUUUUAUACAAUUUUUUAUGACAUCACAAAAUAUACAUUAAUUUUCCAUAUUCCAUUUCUCAUCAUUCCCAACGUUUGGAAUGUUGAAAUAUAUUGUCCUAAUGUUCAUUGUUGAUGUUUUUGGGCGGCAAAAGUCUCAAACGAAGGACAUUCCUUUCACCAUACUACAGGGCCAGAGAUAAAUUAGAGAGAGACCCCCCCCCCCCCCCCGUGGGUAAGAAGGUCUGGUUGUUGUCUGCUGUUGUCUUGCUGAUAUGAGGCCUUUGAUCCUCACCCAGGGAGAGUCAUGACACACUGCAGAGCCAACAUCAGUAACUUGGAUACGUCCUUAGAAGUGGGAGUUGACAGGUUCCAUUUGUGUUGUAUCAAAACCCUUACAUCGCUGAGCCUGAGGUCUGGCGUCAUUUAUAGCAUGUUACUGUGCAGCCACUGCGUUCCAAAUUAUGCGCUUAUCAGUGCCCAAAUCUGCCAUUUUCAACCCAUGUACGGGUACAAGUGUAAAGGGCUACGCCGUAGGUAUGCUAACUUGAACCAACUCAACUGCUAUGGCUGUUAGUUAGCUACUUUUACACAGGUUCUGGGUCAGUCAAAUACAUAUGUCAAAUACUUUCAAAUGCUUUAUCUGCAUUGAUUUAGUUUGCCUGCUAUACAAUGGGACCAAUGGAAUAGUCCCAAAAGUACAAGCUCCAAGCUAAAUUAAGCACACCUUAAGUAUUGGAAAGUAUUUACCAUGAUGUAUUUGAGCCAGGUGUGGUAGGUUCCAUUCGUGAGAUUGUGUCCAGACGUGGUACCCACGUAAUGUGGUGCCUUAGGUGUUUUAACGCCCCACUUCCUUCCUGUUUCAGGCCUCCUCUCCUCCCGCCUCAGGCCUGAUUGUAAGAGCAACAGUUUACGUUAUGACACUCCCUCAUCCCUUUGACCACAGGGGGUUACCUGUCACAAUCAGCCUCCCACUACAAAUGGUGUUGAAAAAAUAUUUGAUUUGUGCCAGGACUGAACAAAAAUAAGACUUUAUAAAUAUGCUUUUUGGUUAACCCCCUUAGUGGUUCUAGGCCAUCCUAGACACCUAACUUAAUAAUCACUCAAUCCUUUGACUGCCACUGGCUUGUUGUUUGUGCGGCUGGUUAACCCACCUAACACAAACACUGAUGUAGCACUAAUGCUAUGAUGCUUAUAUUGUGUGUGUGCGGGAUGUUAUGAAGCACUAAUAACACAACGGUCACUUCUUAACACUGUGACACAGACCUGUGUUUGUAACUUUCAACAUAGUGCCCUGUUGUGCCUGGAGACUGUCACUGAACUCAGUCACAAAUUAUGGUUUGAUUUAUUCGCAGGUUGAUGUUUAUUGUCAUGAAUCUUCCCCUUGAGACAGAACUGAGCGAUUUCCGCUAGAUGGGCCAGCUGGCUAUAUCGUAAAAAUUAAUUAAAACAAUUUGCUAGGGUUAGGCAUUUGGGUUGCAGUGUGGUUAAUGUUAGGGUUAGGUUUAAAAACAGAUUUGUGGCUGUGUCAGCUUAUGACCUCGCUACACAGCUGCCUCCAGGGCAAGAUUCAUGACAAUAAAUGCCAACCUGCGGUUUAUUCACAAAGAUACACACUGACAAUAUCGAUUAACUUGGAGUUCUCACACAACACACUCUCUCAUUGCAUUUUGUUAUUCAUACAUCACUUUUGUGCACAAAUUGGUUUGGGUACAUGUAGUAGACUAGCAGGCCAGGUUUGACAGAAUAUGAUUGAAGUAGGAUGGGGUACAGUAGAUGAUGCUUCCGUGUGGACAUGACAACUCUUCAGUACCUUCUAAACUUUUCUCCCUUGCAAUCACACCACCCACCACCACUAUGACCCCAUCUUUCAUCCCCUGACCUCUAACCUCUGCCCUCUACAGGUCAUCCGUAAGGGCUGGCUGACCAUCAACAACAUCAGUAUAAUUAAAGGCGGGGCUAAGGAGUACUGGUUUGUCCUGACCGCUGAGAGUCUGUCCUGGUUCAAGGAUGAUGAGGUGAGUGACUUAGUUGACCCUCUUCAGGGUGGGUUAGUACAGUAAGUUUGAUGUAGUUUAUGGCUAGAUUUCAGUUGAUGGUGGAUUGGAACACCAUUUCCCCUCCAAUACAGCCCUCCUUUCUGUUUAAUGUCGUUUAAGGGAGGGCAGGUCAACAAAUGGUAAAAUAUACAUAUGCGCUUUGAAUCUCUGGACAAUUCCCAAGUGAUAAGUAUUUUGAUCGAUAUCUUUGUAGAGGACAUAAUAUAAACCAUACCUUCUGACUACCCACUAAAUCACAACUCAACGGUGGUUCCACAUUGGCUCUUCAGUGACGUUUCCCCUCCCCUUGCGAUGCAGGGUGCUCGUUGAUUGGCUGGAUGUUGUCAUUCAUAGCUUGACGGGCUGGUGUCUGUCUGCCUGUCUGUGCCUGCUGUACAGGUUCCAGGAUGUUCUGCACAGCAAGUGUAGACAGGCAGACACACGGCAACUCCCGGAGUCAGCCAAUCCAUGCACUGGUCAGCAGAUGACAUCACAUGGGUCACAAGCAAUCCACAUGGUUUAAAUCCUCUCAAUAUACACAACAAAAUUCACUGGACAGGAAACAGUAGUUUUAUAUCCUCUUCUCACGCUCUCUUUGUCUGUUUUUUUUAUUUAUUUCUGUCUCUCCACCUCUCCUCUCCCACUCCGCUGGGAGUUAAGGCAUUUGGUAUUCUUUUGCACAAUUGGAACCAUCCCGAAUAAAACCACUGCUCACACAUGCAUGCAAAUACACAUCUACACAUGCAGUAAUAAUUCAAAACGGUAACUCGAUGGAUCGUAGACAUUCUCAUGUUGCGUUGACUUUAAAGCAGUUGUUUUACGAAUCUCUGACAUUCAACCAGUGUUGGGGGUAAUAUGUUACAAAAGUAACGCGUUGUGUAAUCGGAUUACUUUAAUGAGUAACGGAUGGGUAAUGUUAUAACAGUUACUUUGUCAAACAACAAUUGGGUAAUAUUAUUAGUUACUUUGUCAAACAACUUGCGUGACUUUCAGAAUCAUAUCUCUACCGAAUGCGUGUUUCCAUGAUCCAAUCCCGACUUGUUUCCUCAUUUAGUUCUCGAGCGAGCGGAGAAAGGCUGUUUGGAGAAAUGUCAUGAUAGUUGCUGUCCAUAGAAAUGUAUAGAGUACGCACUUCUGAUCUUUGCCAUUGAUCGCUUCUGUGUUAGCAAAGCCCAUAGAGGGCUUUCCCAUCUAGUGGUAAGUGUGCCCUCUGUACAUCUCCAUAAGUCCCGGUCUAUAAUCAGAACUGGCGGUUCGAGAGAGAUUUUGAAUGAAAAAAUAGAAAAUCUGUACUGAUGUUUGGCUUACAGUGUAUAUAUGGCUAAUUAAGCAGACCAUAUGAUAGUGCAGCACUUGUAGACUAGCACAGGAAAGCAGCGUCACAGAUGAGUUAGAAAGUAGCCUGUCUUUGGUAGAGCGGCUCGCCUUGCUCCCUUCACAGUUAAAUAAACGGUGAGAUUUUUUGAUUUUUGUCAUGAAAGUUAUAAAUUAAUAUAACUAGUAAUAUAAUGCUUUACUUUCCACAAAGUCAUAUUGUAAAUUAACACAUUACUUUUGUAAUGAGUAAUAUUAAUGUAUAACUUUUUCAACUAACUAAUCCCACCACUGCAUUCAAACAAGCAUUUUUCCACCUUUCCUUGGGUGUCUUACUGUAUAUUUAUUUACAUACUCUCUCUCUCUGACCCCCCCCCCCUCUCUUUCUUGGUGCAGUUGGCAGUUUCUCUGAAACUGCACACAUUCCUGACAGGAAAAUCACACAUUUGUAAUCCAAACAUCAGCCUCCAGUGAUUCAGUGGGGAGAAAUAACCUAUUAAAUGGCAGUAUUCCUCCCUCUCUGUUUCUGAACCCAAUACCCCUUCAUUAUCCAAACCAUCUAUCACCAAUACAAUUCCACAGCCACCCUAAUAUUACAGUAAUCGUGUUCCCAACACCAUUGCUAAUCCUAGCAUCCAUACUACACCCAUCACUAAUAUUAUUCCCUAUACAGUAUACAACCCCCAAUACAGUAAUUUACUGCAACAAAACCUUAUAUAGAAAAACCUUAUACAUCCUUUUAACAACAUCAUCCUCUAGCCCCACCAAACCACUAGGCCUCUCCCCUAGUUGGUUUAUUAUAUCAUAGUGAAAUAAUAUAUUUGCUUGUACACACUGGACAGUAUGAAGACCAUCUGCCACACAAUAGUUUGACCACCAGUUAAAUUAUAUAGUAUUAUAUUCUAGCUCUGAGUUUGACUGUAUAAUUUAGGCAACAUAGUUACUGUAACCUCCCAACCUGACUCCACUGAAAUACUGGAAGUAUGUGUUUUGUAUUUGAAGCAGGAAUUGAUUGAUGGAUGGAUUGACCACUUUGCUUGACUGUUUGAUUCUAUGGAGUCUCUGCUGCUCCUCCCUCUCCCGUCUACUGCAUCAGAAUCAGGGCUGGAUUCUUUGUGUUAGAUACAGGAGUCUACACAUUUCUAUUGCUGUUAUACCAUACACUUAGUAAGCAGACUGUUUCAAGGACAUUAGAACACCUUGGUCUAAGACCUUACUAUGGAACAUUUUUAACUUUUAUAUAGGUAUUUUCUUAAGGAAGCCAAUGAUAUACAUUUAUUCCAUAAAGUAAAAUUAGUCUUAAAAAUGCAGUUAGAACAUUCAAAAAGUACAAAUGGGAUGCCCUAAAAGGAACAGAUACCAGACAUAGACACAGAGUAGAGAAGACAAAUCAUAGAGAUGAGCAAACGGCAGUGGAAGAUGGUCGGUGGUGGAGUGUAGAUAAUCAAACCCACUAUGAAACCUCCUUGAAAGCCAAUGUUUCCCCGAAUAGAAGAGAAGUGCUUCCCUGCCCAGUCUAACCAAUGUGCAGACUACUGUACACCAGUAUGACAAUGAACAGGUAGUCUGAACACUGGGAGGACGGAGCCGGACAGACGAACUCGGUCUCAGGCCCCAAAGACACUGACUCUCUGCCAUUCCAUAGGCAGUAGGGUUGCAGAUCUUUGUCUUCCUUCCUCAUCCUCCUCCAUUUUGGCAUCAAGAAGUAGGGAUCCCCCCUCUCAAACCCCAAAACCUGUCUGUGUCGCCUCUUCUCCCCCUCUCUGUCGUUUGUUUGUUGCGUUUCUGGGUGUCGCUCCCCUCACGGUCCGUUUGGGUCAUGCUGGCCAUGCAGAGUAUCCAGGCUUGACGUGGCACAUUCACUCAGACGACCGACCGGGACAGACUGGCUGAGCACUCAGGGAGGGGAUAUUACAAAAAAAGAGAGGGAAGGAAAAAUAGUGAGAUAGAUGGAGGAAGAGGGAGGGACACGUGUGACCAUAUAUGGGUUGGAGUGACCUCUUGGGGAAUACAACCGAGAGAAGUCUGCAACGGUUCUUUUCUUUUCUCGUUUCAUACCUAGUGAGACCUUACCAUCGCUCUGCAGGGGGUCAGAUAUGGACACCUCUGUUGAACCACUUUUCUAAAUCCUUCACUUAGUUUCUUCAGGUCUCCCUCUUUCUUAACUUUGUUCUGGAAGUUCUUCCAUUCCCUCCUUCUCUCGCACUCUGUCGCUCUGUGCUGUUAAGCGGUACCAGAUGUUGAGUCUUAACGCCAGGCUGUCAUUUAAUCUCUCGCUCUCUCUCUACCUACCUCUCUUUCUCCCUCACUCCUCAAAAUCAGGCAGGAAGUGGGCCCCUCUGGAAAGGAAAGAAAAAUUGAAGAAAUAAGAGGGGGAGGGAUAGUAGAGAGAGAAUGUGAGAGUGAAGAAUUGAGAUGGUGAGGAUGAAGGGUAGGAUGGGUGGAGUGUGUGUGAUGGAGAAUUUUAUAGUACAUUUUACUCUCGAUCUCAACUCUUUGCAUCCACCAUUAAAACCUUGUCAUGCUCAGUGUUAUCCAGACAAGCAGCCCUCUGCUUCAUCUGACGUCCAUGCAUUCACAUGCACACCGCAGCGCAUUCCCUGAGUCCCCGGUGUUUCUCCACAUCUGUAUUUCUCCUCUCUUUAUCGUAGCCAGAACGUUUCCUCUAGCUCUCCCUCCCUUACAAACGUACCAUGGAGAACAACCCACACACUAAUGACUUCAACAUGUAGUCUCCCCCUCCCUCUCCUGCCCCGCUCUACAUCCCACCCUCAUUCUUCCUCCCACUCCCCUGCGCUCCCCCCAACUUCUCCUUCUCCCUACCCUUCUUUCCACAUUCCCCUUCUCUCCCUUUCUCCCUGGAUCACCGCCCAACUAAGCCAUCCUGUUGAUUUUCAAAAAAUCAAGCUGAAAAAUAAACAUAAUAUGACACACAGAGAUCAGAUAGUAAUUAGAAAAGUAAACAUUUCCCUAACAUGGUUCUUUUCUGUUGCUUGUUUUUAUUGUAAAACCUGCUGAUGGUACCUCCCUUUCUGUUUUGUGUUUCUCAGGAGAAGGAGAAGAAAUACAUGCUCCCUCUGGACAACUUGAAGGUGCGCGACGUGGAGAAAGGGUUCAUGUCCAGCAAGCAUGCCUUUGCCAUCUUCAACACAGAACAAAGGUCUGAAACCAGACAGACACAUCUUAACAACAUUACUUUUAAUAUUAUAGCACUAUUUCUACUUAAAAUAUUCCUACUUUAGUACCACUACUUCUAAUAAUAACGAUACAUACUGUAGAAGGAGAGAGAAACCAGAUAGUCUGGUGGGCUUGUUUUCUUCCUUUAUUUAAAUUGAUGGACCUGCCACAUGCCCCUUAAAUGACCCGGAAGCAGUGUAACUAACUUCCUCCUCUGCUCCCCUGUGUUGUGGUCUGACAGGAAUGUGUACAAGGACAAUCGUUUCCUGGAGCUGGCCUGUGACACUCAGGACGAGGUGGACAGUUGGAGGGCUUCUCUCUUGCGCGCUGGAGUCUACCCCGAAAGGUCUUCUAAUGUGAGUGACCACUGCACUGGCCACCAGGGUUGGGGUCAAUUCCAUUUCAAUUCAGUCUAUUCAGGAAGUAAACUGAAUUGGCUGAAUUGAAAUGGAAUUGACCCCAACCCUGGUGCCCACCACUGUGACCACUUACUGUAUUUUCUCAUUGAAGUUAGAUGUAACUGUGACGAUGAUUACAUUUACAUUGUAAUCAUCUUCACAGUUAAAUCAAACUUCAAUGAGAAAAUAAAGUGAUAUGAUGGCUCACUUGGGAAGUGAUAAGAUGGAUUACAUAAUAGAAGUGCAACAUGGGAAGUGAGUGAGGGGUAGUCAUGGGUAAUAGGGAACAGGAUAAACAAGGCAGAUGAGGUGGACAGGAAGUUGCAAUGAGUCAGAAUAGAUGUAGGCUACACCUUGUUGAUAUGCUAUUUGUAUUUAUUAGGGAUCCUCAUUAGCUGCUGCGAAGGCAGCAACUACUCUUCCUGGUCUCCAACACAUUAAAGCACAUUACAUAUAAAACAAAAGAUAAAACCGUACAUCAUAUAACAUUAUUACAUCACUACAAUACAAAAUGUAUAAUACCGCCAUACAACAAUAUUACAAUGUAUGCAUAUGCGUGUCUAACUUUUUUGUGUGUCUCUUCACAGUCCCCGCUGUUCCAUAAGGUGUAUUUUUACCUGUUUUUUUUUCUCAAUCUGAUUCAACUGCUUACAUUACAUUUUUACAUUUAGUGAGUGCAUACAUUAUUUAAAAAAAAAAUCAUACUGGCCCCCCGUGGGAAUCGAACCCACAACCAAGUACUGUGCGCCUCCCAUAGUCUGUUCUGGACUUGGGGAUUGUGAAGAGACGUCUUGUGGUGUAUGCAUGGGUGUCUCAGCUGUGUGCUAGUAGUUUAAACAGACAGCUCGGUACAUUCAGCAUGUCAACACUUCUUACAAAAACAAGUAGUGACAACAUCAAUCUCUCUUCCACUUUGAGCCAUGAGAGAUUGACAUGCAUAUAUGCUACUGUUAUAGUGAAUUAAUAGUUAAUUUUUGCUAAAAGCUUUUAGCUCUUUUUAUAAACCUUUCUUAAGGUUUGUGAUUUCCGUGUGUAAUGAAAAGCGCUUUACAAAUACAAUUUGUAUUAUUUUGUCAUUGAUAUGCACAUGAGUUUUCUGCAUUUAAAGAUGCAAGCCACAAGAUCUGUAUCGCUAAAUACAGGUGUGUUUAAAACUUAAAGCGGUCUUCCUCCAGGUGGAAGGUGAAGGAGGCGGCUCAUCGUCCUCGUCCCAGGACAACUUCUCCAUGGACCCUCAGCUUGAGCGGAAAGUGGAAACCAUUCGGAACCUGGUCGACUCAUACAUGGCCAUCGUCAACAAGUGCAUCCGUGACCUCAUGCCCAAGACCAUCAUGCACCUCAUGAUCAGUAAUGUAAGGGACCUCUGCUCCACGCUGGUGGAAUUGUAUCCGGCAUGGGUUCAAAUAGUAGGUUACAUUUUUCAAAUACUUUAAACGUUCGCUUGAGCCUGGCUGGUGUGCAACUUUUCAGGUGAUUCUGUUGGUUCCUUUGUGCCAGGCAAGCUAAAUCAAACGGGCCUGGUUACUGUAUAACACUGUGUGACAACCGUUGUUGUAAAAAUAGCUUUAUAAACAUAAUUUGAAGGAUUGAUUGAUCCAUCAACUCUCUCCCCCGCCACCAGGUGAAGGACUUCAUCAACGCGGAGCUGCUGGCCCAGCUGUACUCGGCUGGGGACCAGGGUGCCUUGAUGGAUGAGUCCCAGGAGCAAGUCCAGAGGAGGGACGAGGUCCUCAGGACCCACCAGUCCCUGAAGGAGGCCCUGGCCAUCAUAGGAGACAUCUCCACCACCACCAUCUCCACCCCCAUGCCCCCUCCCGUGAACGACUGGCGCAGUGGAGGCGGCAACAGGUAGGCAUCCUGGUAGUCCAUGGAUAAUGACUACCCUAGAUAUCUAAGUGUAGUGUAAUGGAGUCAACUAUUGGUCUACAGGUGAAGAUGUUGGGUUGGCGAGCAGGAGAACCGUGUUUGAAGACUAAUUCUUUUUUUUUUUACUGGGAGACUGUUGCAAGGAAAAAUGAAAUCAUAAAUAGUUAAGUCUAUGUUAUCUAUGUUAUGUCAAGAAAUGUCAUACAUGAAAGGGUACUGUUAGCCCUAUCUCCUCUCCCCUCAGGUCUCCUCCAACCAGCCCCACUGGUUCUAGAAGGAUGUCAUCAGGCCAGCGCCCCAGUCCCGGAGGGGGGCGAGGGGCUCCACCCCCUCCUAACCGCCCAGGACCCCUGGGACCCUUCAACAACAGUGCUGACAGCCCCCAGGUCCCCAGCCGCCCCAACCGGGCCCCUCCCAGCAUCCCCAGGUGAGGCCAGGGCAUCCUACUGUAGGCCUAUAUGCUCCUGUGUAGCUCAGUUGGUAAGAGUGUGAUCGUGCUAAGAUCGUGGGUUCAAUUCCCACAGGGAUCGCAUACAAAAAAUAUAUGCACUCACUGUAAGUUGCUUUGGCAUUUGGAUAAAAGGGUCUGACAUAUGUACAUGGAGACACUGAACACUAUUUUGUACCCAUAACUAGGGGUAACCCUGAGUUUUUCCUGACCAUAUAGCUAACCUGAGUCAGUUGCCUCCAUCAUGUAUAGACGUUCCAAUAUCUUAGGUGGGAAUAUUUUGAGGGUUAUUAAUUCAAGUAAAACAGUGGUUUGUGGUUACUGAAACAAGGAAGAGUCCACAAGCUCAAGUUAAUCUCUUAGUGCUGAGCGAUUAACCAAAAUACAAAUUUUCCCGGAUAUUAAACAACAAAUUGACCGACAUCAGUUAAAUUACUUGAAUUCCAUGUCGUUUUUUGUUGUUGUUGUGAGCUCAACCCGCCGUUUCUCUAGAGAGAAAUCAAAUAAUUAAUGAGAAGUUAAGUCAAGAACUAUGUGGGACGCUGGACUGAUUAGAAGUUAGGCAAAUAUUCAACUUAGUUCAGCGCAGAAACUUGGUAAUUAAUUACAAUGACCAUAAUCCAUUGCACCUGUUCUUUCCGCAUGAGAGAGGAAUGACGCAACACAACGACGAGGGAGAUAGAAACAGUUCAUAAGGUAGCUCUACUCGAUGGUUUUUGUAGUUGGUAAUAAAAAGCCUUGAAAGUAUGCCUUAUCUACUUUGACAAACUAGUAAAAUGAUUUUGUCAACCAGCUAGCUACUACUAGCCUUGCUAAACAGGAUGACUCGUUCAAUGGGGAGCACAGAGAUAACAUUAGAUGGUUGUCUGGCUGGCUGCUACUGCCUGAGCAGAGAUGAGAUGAUGACUUUAAUAAAAAUAAAAAAUACAGUGCAUCCGGAAAGUAUUCAGACCCCUUUACUUUUUCCACAUUUUGUUACAUUACAGCCUUAUUCUAAAAUUGAUUACAUAGUUUUUUCCCUCAUCCAUCUACACACAAUACCUGAUAAUGACAAAGGAAAAACAGGUUUAGACAUUUUUGCAAAUUUAUUAAAAAAAAAAAACUGAAAUAUGACAUUUACAUAAGUAUUCAGACCCUUUACUCAGUACUUUGUUGAAGCACCUUUGGCAGCGAUUACAGCCUUGAGUCUUAUUGGGUAUGACUCUACAAGCUUGGCACACCUGUAUUUGGGGAGUUUCUCCCAUUCUUCUCUGCAGAUCCUCUCAAGCUCUGUCAGGUUGGAUGGGGAGCAUCGCUGCACAGCUAUUUUCAGGUCUCUCCAGAGAUGUUCAAUCGGGUUCAAGUCCGGGCUCUGGCUGGGCCACUCAAGCAUAUUCAGAGACUUGUCCCGAAGCCACUCCUGCAUUGUCUUGGCUGUGUGCUUAGGGUCAUUGUCCUGUUGGAAGUUGAACCUUCGCCCCAUUCUGAGGUCCUGAGCGCUCUGGAGCAGAUCUCUCUGUACUUUGCUCCAUUAAUCUUUCCCUCGAUCCUGAUUAGUCUCCCAGUCCCUUCCGCUGAAAAACAUCCCCACAGCAUGAUUCUGCCACCACCAUGCUUCACCAUAGGGAUGGUGCCAGGUUUCCUCCAGACAUGACGCUUGGCAUUCAGGCCAAAGAGUUCAAUCUUGGUUUCAUCAGACCAGAGAAUCUUGUUUCUCAUGGUCUGAAAGUUUUUAGGUGCCUUUUGGCAAACUCCAAGGGGGCUGUCAUGUGCCUUUUACUGAGGAGUGGCUUCCGUCUGGCUACUCUACCAUAAAGGCCUGAUUGGUGGAGUGCUGCAGAGAUGGUUGUCCUUCUGGAAGGUUCCCCCAUCUCCACAGAGGAACUCUGGAGCUCUGUCAGAGUGACCAUCAGGUUCUUGGUCACCUCCCUGACCAAGGCCCUUCUCCCCCGAUUGCUCAGUUUGGCCUGGUGGCCAGCUCUAGGAAGAGUCUUGGUGGUUCCAAACUUCUUCCAUUUCAGAAUGAUGGCGGCCACUGUGUUCUUAGGGACCUUCAAUGCUGCAGGCAUUUUUUGGUACCCUUCCCCAGAUCUGUGCCUCAACACAAUCCUGUCUCCGAGCUCUACGGACAAUUCCUUCGACCUCAUGGCUUGGUUUUUGCUCUGACAUGCACUGUCAACUGUGGGACCUUAUAUAGACAGGUGUGUGCCUUUCCAAAUCAUGUCCAAUCAAUUGAAUUAACCACAGGUGGACUCUAAUCAAGUUGUAGAAACAUCUCAAGGAUGAGCGAUGCACCUGAGCUCAAUGUCGAGUCUCAUAGCAAAGGGUCUGAAUACUUGCAAACAUUUCUACAAACCUGUUUUUCGCUUUGUCAUUAUGGUGUAUUGGGUGUAGAUUGAUGACUUUUUUUUAUUUAAUCCAUUUUAGAAUAAGGCUGUAACGUAACAAAAUGUGGAAAAAGUGAAGGGGUCUGAAUACUUUCCAAAUGCACUGUACACAACUGAAUGUUUUUUAUUAAAGUAAAGUAAAAAGUAAUGUGAAAACAUUAUGGUUAAUAAGUGAUAAGCAGUAAUGGGCAUUCACUACCAUCAUGGGGCUCUUAUUAAUAGUUGUAUUUUGUGUUACAGCAUUCAACCCACUGUCAGUGUCAGGAAAUAGGCAAGUAAUGGCUAAGGGAAGCUCAAAUCAUAUUAAUGUAAUUGUUUCAUAAUGCAUUUCAUGUAUAAAAAAAAUAAAAAAAUAAAAAUGGAAAUAGAAAACCAUUUAUUUUUUAAUAGUCGAACCGAUUAAAAAGCACUUAUCGCUCAGCACUAGUUUCUCAACACCACUUCUGAAUUCAGGAUGCCACUUUUUCUCUGUUUUGUCUCUCUGAAGUCACUUUCUCUUAACACCUGUCCAUUAUGCUAUUUCGAUUGCCUGUUUUUAAUCCGUCUUCAACUAACUAAACUCUCUGCUUCUCUCUUCUCUCUCUCCCUCUCUGUCAUCCUUUGGCCUCUAAACGCUACUUCCCUCCAACCCCCCCCUUCCUCUCCCCCAGUCGGCGACCCCCUCCUUCUCCAACAAGAAAUAUCCCCCCAUCAUAAGCAGUCAAAGGAGCUUGCGAUCUCUAAUGGGCCUAGUGCUCAUCCUCUAGCGCUCAUCCUUCCCCAUUCCCCCUAUCCUCCCCAAGCCCCUCUGCUAUCUAUCCUUGGUCUUUUUUCCCCUCCUAGGGCAGACAUUGAACCUUUUGCUGCCCUCUGAUCUCACACCAGCUGACGAUCAAUGUCCAUGUAUCUAUGUACAGUAUGGUGCUUGUCUUGUGGUGUAUAUAUCUGUAUGUGCGCUUGUGCUCGCCUAUGGUCCAGGUUUGCUUAGCAGAUCCAGUUCCGACUUCGUUCCAGACCCUAGAACUUCCAUCUCACUUACCUAGAACCCCCUUCUCGCCCUCCACCCACCUCCACCCCCACCUGCUGCUUCACUACAUAUCUAUGCUCAGCAGUGGCACUGCCCUACCGAUUCCAAACUGCAGCAUGGCACAUAGGCUGCUUUUAUUGCACAUUUGUGUGUGUGUAUGUGAGAGGGGGACAAAUGUGUCAUAUAUAUGACAUCAGUGUAUAUAUAGUUGAAGUUUACAUACACCUUAGCCAAAUACAUUUAAACUCCGUUUUUCACAAUUCCUGACAUUUAAUCAUAGUAAAAAUUCCCUGUCUUAGGUCAGUUAGGAUCACCACUUUAUUUUAAGAAUGUGAAAUGUCAGAAUAAUAGAGGUGAUUUAUUUCAGCUUUUAUUUAUUUCAUCACAUUCCCAGUGGGUCAGAAGUUUACAUAUACUCAAUUAGUAUUUGGUCGCAUUGCCUUUAAAUUGUUUAACUUGGGUCAAACAUUUCGGGUAGCUUUCCACAAGUUUCCCACAAUAAGUUGGGUGAAUUUUGGACCAUUCCUCCUGACAGAGCUGGUGUAACUGAAUCAGGUUUGUAGGCUUCCUUGCUCGCACACGCUUUUUCAGUUCUGCCCACACAUUUUCUAUAGGAUUGAGGUCAGGGCUUUGUGAUGGCCACUCCAAUACCUUGACUUUGUUGUCCUUAAGCCAUUUUGCCACAACUUUGGAAGUAUGCUUGGGGUCAUUGUCCAUUUGGAAGACCCAUUUGCGACCAAGCUUUAAUUUCCUGACUGAUGUCUUGAGAUUUUGCUUCAAUAUAUCCACAUAAUUUUCCUUCCUCAUGAUGCCAUCUAUUUUGUGAAGUGCACCAGUCACUCCUGCAGCAAAUCACCCCCACAGCAUGAUGCUGCCACCCCCGUGCUUCACGGUUGGGAUGGUGUUCUUCGGCUUGCAAGCAACCCCCUUUUUCCUCCAAACAUAACGAUGGUCAUUAUGGCCAAACAGUUAUAUUUUUGUUUCAUCAGACCAGAGGACAUUUCUCCAAAAAGUACGAUCUUUGUCUCCAUGUGCAGUUGCAAACCGUAGUCUGGCUUUUUUAUGGCGGUUUUGGAGCAGUGGCUUCUUCCUUGCUAAGCGGCCUUUCAGGUUAUGUCGAUAUAGGACUCGUUUUACUGUGGAUAUAGAUAAUUUUGUACCCGUUUCCUCCAGCAUCUUCACAAGGUCCUUUUGCUGCUGUUCUGGGAUUGAUUUGCACUUUUUGCACCAAAGUACGUUCAUCUCUAGGAGACAGAACGCGUCUCCUUCCUGAGCGGUAUGACGGCUGCGUGGUCCCAUGGUGUUUAUACUUGCGUACUAUUGUUUGUACAGAUGAGCGUGGUACCUUCAGGCGUUUGGAAAUUGCUCCCAAGGAUGAACCAGACUUGUGGAGGUCUACAAUUUUUUUCCUGUGUCCUUGGCUGAUUUCUUUUGAUUUUCCCAUGAUGUCAAGCAAAGAGGCAUUGAGUUUCAAGGUAGGCCUUGAAAUACAUCCACAGGUACACCUCCAAUUGACUCAAAUGAUGUCAAUUAGCCUAUCAGAAGCUUCUAAAGCCAUGACAUCAUUUUCUGGAAUUUUCCAAGCUGUUUAAAGGCACAGUCAACUUAGUGUAUGUAAACUUCUGACCCACUGGAAUUGUGAUACAGUGAAUUAUAAGUGAAAUAAUCUGUCUGUAAACAAUUGUUGGAAAAAUUACUUGUGUCAUGCACAAAGUAGAUGUCCUAACCGACUUGCCAAUACUAUAGUUUGUUAACAAGAAAUGUGUGGACCUAAGCGUAUGUAAACUUCCGACUUCAACUGUAUAUGUAUGUGUGCCAAGUUCCUUUUAGUAUUAUACAUUACAUAUUGUACAACACCCCCUUUCUGUAUGUUUUUGGCUAGGUGUUCUUCUCUUAGAGACGAAAGGGUGUGGGGGUGUGUGUCAACCCGUGUGCAUGUAUUGUCUCUCUGCACAUUUGUUGCUGUUUGAGUUAUAUUUGUUUUCAUGGUCCAAGCUGUUAAUAAAUCAUGACCCUUGAGAGUAAUUUGAUGUUGGAUUAUUGUGGGAUUUGUUCCUGUGUUGUAGUAGCAGUCGCAGCAGCCAAUACAUACAGUGAGGGAAAAAAGUAUUUGAUCCCCUGCUGAUUUUGUUGAUUUUCCCACUCACAAAGACAUGAUCAGUAUAUAAUUGUAAUGGUAAAUAAAUAAAUUGAUUUGCAUUUUAAUGAGGGAAAUAAGUAUUUGACCCCUAUGCAAAACAUGACUUAGUAUUUGGUGGCAAAACCCUUGUUGGCAAUCACAGAGGUCAGACGUUUCUUGUAGUUGGCCACCAGGUUUGCACACAUCUCAGGAGGGAUUUUGUCCCACUCCUCUUUGCAGAUUUUCUCCAAGUCAUUAAGGUUUCGAGGCUGACGUAUGGCAACUCGAACCUUCAGCUCCCUCCACAGAUUUUCUAUGGGAUUAAGGUCUGGAGACUGGCUAGGCCACUCCUUUGUUGCCUUGGCCAUGUUUUUAGGGUCAUUGUCAUGCUGGAAUACCCAUCCACAACCCAUUUUCAAUGCCCUGGCUGAGGGAAGGAGGUUCUCACCCAAGAUUUGACGGUACAUGGCCCCGUCCAUCCAUCGUCACUUUGAUGCGGUGAAGUUGUCCUGUCCCCUUAGCAGAAAAACACCCCCAAAGCAUAAUGUUUCCACCUCCAUGUUUGACGGUGGGGAUGGUGUUCUUGGGGUCAUAGGCAGCAUUCCUCCUCUUCCAAACACGGCGAGUUGAGUUGAUGCCAAAGAGUUUGAUUUUGGUCUCAUCUGACCACAACACUUUCACCCAGUUCUCCUCUGAAUCAUUCAGAUGUUCAUUGGCAAACUUCAGACGGCCCUGUAUAUGUGCUUUCUUGAGCAGGGGGACGUUGCGGGCGCUGCAGGAUUUCAGUCCUUCACGGCGUAGUGUGUUACCAAUUGUUUUCUUGGUGACUAUGGUCCCAGCUGCCUUGAGAUCAUUGACAAGAUCCUCCCGUGUAGUUCUGGGCUGAUUCCUCACCGUUCUCAUGAUCGUUGCAACUCCACGAGGUGAGAUCAUGCAUGGAGCCCCAGGCCGAGGGAGAUUGACAGGUCUUUUGUGUUUCUUCCAUUUGCGAAUAAUCGCACCAACUGUUGUCACCUUCUCACCAAGCUGCUUGGCGAUGGUCUUGUAGCCCAUUCCAGCCUUGUGUAGGUCUACAAUCUUGUCUCUGACAUCCUUGGAGAGCUCUUUGGUCUUGGCCAUGGUGGAGAGUUUGGAAUCUGAUUGAUUGCUUCUGUGGACAGGUGUCUUUUUAUACAGGUAACAAACUGAGAUUAGGAGCUCUCCCUUUAAGAGUGUGCUCCUAAUCUCAGCUCGUUACCUGUAUAAAAGACACCUGGGAGCCAGAAAUCUUUCUGAUUGAGAGGGGGUCAAAUACUUAUUUCCCUCAUUAAAAUGCAAAUCAAUUUAUAACAUUUUUUACAUCUGUUUUUCUGGAUUUUGUUGUUAUUCUGUCUCUCACUGUUCAAAUAAACCUACCAUUAAAAUUAUAGACUGAUCAUUUCUUUGUCAGUGGGCAAACGUACAAAAUCAGCAGGGGAUCAAAUACUUUUUUCCCUCACUGUAUAUAACAAGGCUGAGGACCAGCACCAACAGUAUAUUAUUUCAAACAAACCCGCCUCAAUAAAUGCACUUAAACCUGUCAACGGAGUCUGGUAUGCCUGUAUCACUGGUCAAGUGGUGAUCCUCCUCACACCUUUAAGCUCAAACUCACAGAGGCUGGCUGGAGAGAUGGAGGGAAGGAAAUAUUCCCAACACAGAGAGACAGAAGUACACUGGUAUUACUUAGCCUACCACAAUUAUGGGAAUAUACAUAUCCCUGUAUGACUGAGAACAUAGUGACAUUUUCCAUUUAGCCUUUUCCUCAGGUUGGAUUCAACACACCCCCCCCAUGUUCAUGACAGAUCUCAGGCCACUUCAGAACUCUCCAUGUGUAAAACCUAUCAGUCCUGAGUCCAGUCAGCCACUGUGCCAGAGCUUA